GUGUGUGAGAGAGGGAGAGAGAGAGAGAGAGAGAGCAGGUGGUGCUGUAGACUGUAGCACUGUAUAUAGAGAGCUUUUUAAUGUGCAUGGGUGUAAGUUCAUGUGUGUGUAUGUGCGUGUGGAGUAGCCGUGCAGGAAGGAGCAGGGUGCCGCAGCAUAGGCAGGAUGGCAGAGAGCACUGAUUUGGACCAGCUGGAAAGUGCCUUUAAGAAGUUUGCUAUCCAUGGAGACACCAAAGCAACUGGAAAGGAGAUGAAUGGCAAAAACUGGGCCAAACUUUGUAAGGAUUGCAAAGUUAUUGAUGGCAAAAACGUCACGUCGACUGAUGUAGAUAUCGUCUUCACUAAAGUCAAGGCAAAGACAUCUCGGGUGAUCACGUACGAGGAGUUUCAGAAAGCUCUGGAAGAACUGGCCGUGAAGAGGUUCAAAGGUCAAAGCAAGGAAGAAGCGUUGCAGGCCAUCCACAAGCUGAUUGAAGGCAAAGAACCUACCAAUGUUGGCAUAACGAAAGUGGCUAAGAGUGGAGCAGUGGACAGACUAACAGACACUUCCAAGUACACGGGCUCUCACAAGGAGCGCUUUGACGAGAGCGGCAAAGGAAAAGGAAAGGGCGGACGCGAGGAGCUCGUAGAGAACACUGGCUAUGUUUCAUCAUACAAGAAUGCAGGGACUUAUGAUGAGAAGACCAAAACCAAGUGAAGGUCGAUAGGCUCGUGGAACAUGUGAGGAAUCAGGAAGAGCUCCAUUUCCAGCUCCAUCAGCGCUUACAUCUGGACCAAAGGCAGACCUGAACUUUGUCAUGUUGGAAGCGAGUCAAUGUCAGGAAAUUAUGUAAACAUGUCUGGGGUCUCCGGAUGCAGUUAUAUAGAUGCAUUGAUGUUACUGUUUUGUUAUUUUAAAAUGUUUCUGCAUAAUAUGUUAAAUUUGUUCUCAAAUUUGUACAUCUGGCCAAUUUAAACGUUCAUACUGAAACAAAACAUGAUUAUUUUUCCUCUC